GCAUACCAUAAAUUACUACUACUAUAGUCUAUUUUAGCCCCAAAAAAAGGUGUUUUCAUUUCAUUGCUUUUGGCCAACUUAACAUUAACAAUGGCUUCAUUCUUAGUUACUAAACAUUUUCUACUGGGCUUUCUAGUCAUCAUUGCCACUUCUUGGAUUGUCCAAGCAAGUGAUCCGGAUAUUUUAUCCAACUUAAUAGUCCCGCCAAAUGUCACUGCGCCUGAUGGGAAUGUCUUUACCUUUACUGACCUGCGUGGAGUUUUGGAUUCCAUCCCACCAGAUUUCAAGGUAACAAAAGCCAGCAAGGCAGAAUUCUCUGAUCUGGGCGGCCAGAGUGUUUCAAUGGCGGUACUGCAGUUCCCUGCUGGUGGAGUUAAUCCCCCUCACAGGCAUCCACGUGCUGCAGAACUCUUGUUUGUCGUAGAAGGCUCUCUAGAGGUUGGAUUUGUCGACACAACUAACAAACUCUUCACCCAAACACACCAAACCGCGGAUAUUUUUGUAUUUCCAAAGGGACUGGCGCACUAUCAGUACAAUAGCGAUCCCAAAGAACCUGCCAUUGCAGUUUCUGCUUUUGGUAGUGCGAGUUCUGGCACAGCUUCACUUCCCACAACUUUGUUUGCCACCGGAGUGGAUGAAACAAUUCUUGCUGAGUCCUGCAAAACUGAUGUCAUUACCAUUCAGAAGCUCAAGGCUGGUCUUGCACCCAAAGCCUAGUCUGAAGCUUCCAAUUGAUUUUCAAAAUGCAAUAUUGACUCUUUCUAAUUGUGGUGUAGCAUUCAAUUUUUCUGAUCUAAUAAAAUAUCUCUAUUAUUCUCUAUAGACAUGUUUCCUGGAUAAAACAAAGAUGAUGAGUUUAUAAUGUAGUGUUCAAUGAUUAUUACAACUACAAUGCGGAAAAACAAACUCUCAAAAGUGUACAAAAUCAUAACCAACCAGCUCAAAUCCUUUUCAACCUCACCAACAAUGUGUCUUGUGAUCUUGAGCUCAGAUUUGUGUCACACCAUAUCAUGUACUGUCGUCCACUAGAAUGACAAUGGAUAUAUUGAGAAGAAUCAACCUGAGGCCACCAAGAAUUUUCCUCGGAG